UGGUUAGAAGUUGUUAGUGUUACUCGUGUCAAAAAAAUUAUAAGUCAGUUGAACCCUAUAUGGCUUGUAAAUUUAUUAUUUGAUGGACAAGAACAUGUGGUUCGAUCUAACUUUCAAUAUUAAUGUUACAAACUCCGCCGUUUCGACAUGGAAUAUAAUUUUCCGGAGACUGGGAAGGAUCCCCGAUUCGUGCAGUUGCUCCAACAAAUGCACAAAGCAUUUUCAGUCAUGAAAUCAAGUCUAAGAAUCUGGGAAGAAGCUAUAGAAAAGUCUCAGCCAUAUUUGAAAAGAGUACAGAACUUGUCAGAGCAACAUCAUUGCUGUGUGCAAGCUCAGGGGUUAGGAGAUAUUGUAAAAAAGUUUCCUGACGUCAGAGAAAGACUUCUGUAUAAAAUCGACAAGGAGAUCGACAACAAUAUGGUCCAUCUUUACAAUGCUGUUGAUGUUUGCAAAGAUGUAUGUGAUAAAGUUGCAAAGCAGUCUGCAAGAUGCCAAGUAGUCUACAACAAAACCAGUGAAGACCUUGACCUACUAACCCAAAGGUCACCUACUUGCCCCUCUGCUGUAGAAAUGCUUGAGUGGUUACAAGAUAGUGAACACUUAAUGAUGAAUCAAUACUUGAUCAGGAAACAUUCGCUAGACAAGUUUUCUCUGUCAGACAGGGACCAGGAGUCAGUCCUGUACAAACAGUGGUCCACAGAGGAUACAGCUCUGCUACAGACGAUAAAAGGGCAUCUCCAGUAUUUGGAAUUCUUUUUAGAAAUGAAGAUGAACUUCUACGGCACUGCUAAACGAUCUCUACGCGGUCAUAGGCGAAAAAGACAACAUUCAAGUGAUGAUGACACAGCUGAUGAAGAUGAGACGUGUAUGGAUGAUAUGCCACUAAUGUAUAGUAAUGAAGUAAGUUUCAAAAUGGAUGAGAGUGACUCUCUCGUCAACAGACGAAGAAACAGAGGUUUUAAUCAGUCCAAGAUAGGAUACUACAUCAAUGAAGGAUGGGCUCGGUCAUGUGGAAGAUGUUGGGAGAGGCUGUGCAAUAGGAGGAAGGAGUAUCAUGCAAGGACUGUACCUAUAGGACUUCAAAGAUCAUCGGAGGAGAAAUAUCCAAAGAAUGUCAUUCGCAAUCAGAAAUACAGUGUCAUUACAUUCAUACCAAAGGUUCUAUUUGAACAGUUCAAGUUCUUCCUAAAUCUGUACUUUCUGGUGAUGGCAUUGUCCCAGUUUAUACCUGAGAUAAGAAUUGGCUACCUGUACACAUACUGGGGACCUCUGGGUUUUGUGAUUUUUGUGACGAUGUGUCGUGAGGCCCUCGAUGAUUACAGAAGAUACAGACGUGAUAAAGAAGCCAACUCACAGAAAUACCGUAAACUAACUCGUGAUGGUUUGGUCCCGGUUCCCAGCAGUAACAUCAGAGUGGGCGACCUUAUUGUGGUCGAUAAGGAUCAGCGAGUGCCUGCUGACAUGGUUUUCUUGAUCAGAUCAGAUCAGUACGAGUGCCUGCUGACAUGGUUUUCUCACGUCAAUGUGGUAAGUUAUAACUUUAUAUCCAGUACAAAGCACACAGAAACUCCACAUCAAUGUGUACAAAGCACCCAGAAACUCCACGUCAAUGUGGAUAUUUUGGAUAUAACAGCGGAGGUGUACGCUGAGGCUCCUCAGAAAGACAUCCACGGCUUUUUGGGCACUUUUAAACGGUAUGAUGAACCUGUAGAAGAUUCUCUUAGUGUUGAGAAUACUCUGUGGUCCAAUACUGUAGUGGCCUCGGGGUCAGCCCUGGGGGUGGUGAUAUACACAGGGGCGGAGACACGUAGUGUGAUGAACACUUCCCAACCACCAUCCAAGGUUGGUCUCCUAGACCUAGAAGUCAACACACUGACAAAGCUGUUGUUUUUUGCUGUAAUAAUUUUGUCUGUAGUUAUGUUAGCUCUAAAGGGAUUUGAUGGACCCUGGUACAGAUAUCUCUUCAGAUUUAUACUUCUCUUCUCUUACAUUAUUCCUAUAAGUUUGCGAAUCAAUCUGGACAUGGGAAAGGCAGCAUACUCAUUUAUGAUCCAGAGAGAUAAAUCAAUCCCAGAAACCAUUGCUCGGAGCACCACAAUUCCAGAGGAAUUAGGUCGUGUUAGCUACCUCAUGUCUGACAAAACUGGCACACUCACACAAAACGAAAUGGUUUUCAAGAAACUUCAUCUGGGAACUGUGUCCUUUACCCCUGAAACAAUGGAUGAGGUACAGUCGCACUUGAGAACCACUUUUGCUCAACAACAAAAGGAGGCACAACCAUCCCAGCAACCUUUCCUGGGCCCCUCCAUGACCCCCUCUCGUAGCGGUGGUCCUGUACGACGGACGGUGAUCACCCGGGUGUUUGAGGCAGUCAGGGCUCUGGCUCUGUGUCACAAUGUGACCCCCGUGUAUGAGGAGAGUGAGAACAGUGACCUGGGAUACGAAACUGAGGCUGAUCAACAGAGCCAGCAACAAGUGGUGUACCAGGCCUCCAGUCCAGAUGAGGUUGCCUUGGUUACGUGGACGGAGAGCGUGGGACUGACCUUACUGAAGAGAGAUCUGAAUUCCAUGCAGCUGAGGGCUCCGAAUGGCUCCGUCAUCACAUACCACAUCCUCCAUAUCUUCCCCUUCACCUCAGAGACCAAGAGGAUGGGCAUCAUUGUUAAAGAAGAGAAAACAGGAGAGAUUUCUUUUUACAUGAAGGGUGCUGAUGUUGUAAUGCAGACAAUAGUACAGUACAAUGAUUGGCUAGAAGAAGAGUGUGGAAACAUGGCAAGAGAGGGACUCAGAACUCUUGUUGUUGCCAAGAAAAUAUUAACCGAAGAUCAAUUCCAAGAAUUUGAUACUCGCUAUCAUCAAGCCAAAAUGAGCAUUCAGGACAGAAAUGCUAAGAUCCAGGGAGUGAUAGAGAGUUUAGAGAGAGACAUGGAGCUGUUAUGUCUGACUGGUGUGGAGGAUAAACUACAGGACGGGGUCAGACCCACACUGGAAAUGCUGAAAAACGCUGGCAUUAAGGUGUGGAUGUUGACAGGAGAUAAACUAGAGACUGCUAUUUGUAUUGCUAAGAGUUCUAAGCUUGUCUCCCGGACACAGGACAUUCACAUCUUUGGAGUGGUCAGUGGCCGGACGGAGGCUCAUUUACAGCUGAACGCACUCAGGAGAAAGCAGGACAAUGCCUUGAUAAUCACAGGAAACUCACUGCAGGUGUGCCUGAAAUACUAUGAACACGAGUUUGUAGAGCUAGCUUGUCAGUGUCCGUCUGUUGUUGUUUGUCGAUGUUCUCCAACUCAGAAAGCAGACAUCGUGAAACUUCUACAAAACCAUACCGGGAAACGCACAUGUUCCAUAGGUGACGGAGGGAAUGAUGUCAGUAUGAUUCAGGCUGCUAAUGUUGGAGUUGGAAUAGUUGGUAAAGAAGGAAAACAGGCUUCUCUAGCUGCCGAUUUCUCCAUCACACAGUUUAGUCACAUUGGGAGACUUUUAAUGGUGCAUGGCAGAAACAGCUACAAGCGUUCGGCCUCCCUCAGUCAGUUCGUCAUGCACCGUGGACUCAUCAUUUCCACAAUGCAGGCCGUAUUUAGCUCCGUCUUCUACUUCGCCUCCAUUGCUUUAUUUCCUGGUUUCCUUAUGAUUGGUUAUGCUACAGUGUAUACAAUGUAUCCCGUGUUUUCUUUGGUGCUGGAUAAAGAUGUCUCCGCGGAAACGGCCAUGACCUAUCCUGAACUCUACAAGGAACUGGUCAAGGGGAGAUCACUUUCAUUUAAAACAUUUUUCCUUUGGGUUCUUAUAAGUAUUUACCAAGGUGGUAUCAUUAUUUACGGUGCUCUAUGGCUGUUUGAUGAAGACUUUGUUCACGUCGUGUCCAUUACGUUUACCUCCCUCAUCCUGACAGAGCUGCUGAUGGUGGCCCUGACAAUAAGAACGUGGCACUGGGCAAUGGUUGUUGCUGAAGUAUUCAGCUUAGCCAUUUAUAUUUUAUCACUUGUUGUACUGCAUAAUUACUUUGAUGGGACAUUCCUGAGGACGUGGGAUUUUAUCUGGAAGGUGGUCGUCAUCACGUCUGUCAGCUGUAUACCCCUGUAUAUCCUAAAAUACAUACGAAAGAAAUUCUCUCCUCCUGUCUAUGCCAAGCUUACGUGAGAUUGUGCGCUAUAUAUAGUGAACAAAAAGGAAUAUCAGGGUCCGCAUCAUUGAACUGUUUCUUACAAGAAAGAGGUUCCGGGUCAGUGAAGUUGAGUGUACAAGGAAACCAUUAGAACAUUUGUGCAAUUUUUUUAUUUUUUUUUAAACAUAUUUGAAUUCCAUCCUCUGUGGCUGAGUGAUAGCAUUAUUAUUUUUCUCUGUGCUUGAAGUACCAGCAUACUAUUUACAUAAUCAGUAGCGUAGUCUCUGUAUGACUGUAACAAUUUAUCAGUAAAUUCAUUACAGGAUCCAUAUAAUUUUGAAAAUACCAUUUAAGUGGAAAUUUUAGCAAGGAUUUUAUUUUGGCAUUAUAAGCAAGGGUACUAAGAUUGCUAAAAUUGAAUAUUGCUAAAAAUUAUAGGGUUUUAUUUGUUACACUUCUUAAGUGAGCAUUAUAAAAUCGCUAAAAUUACCAAUUUUUAAGGACAAAUCGCGAAAUUUGCGUCUCCCUAAAAUUUCCACUUAUACGGUAAUAUUCAUGAUUCCCAGUGCUAUGUAUAUCCAUCAUAAUAAGGCCUGAAACAGCAUAGGAGUUCUUCAAAAAUUAAUUCUGAUGCUAUUUUUUCUCUUCGAGGUAAAAUUUAUGGUACAAUCAAUAUACAUAUAAUGGCAAAUUUAACAAGACACUAUCCGUCUUUAUAAUCUCAACAGUUCAUUUAUUUUUUCUUGCAUAUAUUUUUUCUUUUUUGUGUUAAAUUAUAAAUUUAUUUUUUUUAUUGAAUCAAGUCAAGUGAUAAAAAUUGACUUCACUUUUUUUUUUCAAUUUAGUGGUUGAACCAGUGCUUAAUAUGACAGUUUUAUGUCAUUUUUCAUUUUUUUUCUGUGGAUUUUUUUCUUUUAAAAGGAAUGUCCAGUUGCAUAUACAUGUAGUACUUUCAUCACUUCUGUAAGCAAACAUUCAUCUGUUUAAAAAAAGUCUUUGAAUUAUUCAUUUAAAGAUCGUUAGCAUGUUCAUGUACUGGUACAAAUUAAAUACAGGGUCUAAAUUUACUGAAAUAUUUUAUGAAAUGCAUUUAAUUUUUAUUUCCAAUUUAUUUAUUGCUACAUUAUCGAUAUAUAUAUUUAAAUGUGGAUUGAAAUAAUACUUAUAUUUUACGACAUACACUGACAAAUUCUACCAAUAAUAUUGGACUAGCUGAUACAUGUAUACCUUUGAUGUUACAUAUUUUUUUUCUAGUGGUGUUUGGUUCACCUCUGAUGAAUAAAUGACAUACAUAU